UGGAAACCCCUGGUCUAAGGGCUCUUUCACAUGUUGACAGUGCUUAUCAACCUCUGAAAUGUGGUCCAUGAUGGAUCCCUUUCCAGAGGGGGUGGUGUAGCAGCUGCCAGGUGGUUUAAUCCCAGGACCCUACAUUCACUAUAUCUGGUCUCCCCGGACCCUGCAUUCACUAUGUCUGGUCUUCCCAGACCCUGCAUUCACUAUAUCUGGUCUCCCCAGACCCUGCAUUCACUAUAUCUGGUCUUCCCAGACCCUACAUUCACUAUAUCUGGUCUCCCCGGACCCUGCAUUCACUAUGUCUGGUCUUCCCAGACCCUGCAUUCACUAUAUCUGGUCUCCCCAGACCCUGCAUUCACUAUAUCUGGUCUC